GACAACAGACUGGCUCUUCCAGCAGCGGUUCCGCCACCGGACCCGUGAUCUGCUCGGGUCAUCCUUUCACCUCUCCGUGCCACGUUUCGAGCCAUGAUUGUUCCAACUCUUUCAGGAAUGUUUGUGGACGUUUCCGCGUCCGUGUGAUUACGGGGAAGAAAGUGAACAGGCGGGUGUGGAGAGAAGAAGUCGUUACCUCGUUGAAUGGCCGUGAUCCAAAAAUAUGGCAAGAGCUUCAGCCCUGACUUGGUCUGUCACAAGGAAAACCAUCCGCCGGACAAGAAGUGGCCGGACACCAACUGGACAAGACCUGUUGCCAGAGUAUGGACUUUGGUGCUUCUCCUUGGAACCUGCCUGCUCUACUGCGCCCGCGUGGCGAUGCCCAUCUGCGCCGUCAGCCUGGCCGAGCAGUUCGGAUGGAACAAGAAAGAGUCGGGCAUGGUGCUGGGCAGCUUCUUCUGGGGUUACUGCUUCACCCAAGUUCUUGGAGGCUACGUCAGCGACCGAGUGGGCGGUGAGAAGGUUCUCUUGCUGUCUGCUGCAGCCUGGGGGUCGAUGACUGCUUUCACUCCCGUCCUGGCCCAUUUCUGCUCCCAGCCCAUCAUCUCCAUGACCCUGGCGCGCUUCCUCAUGGGGCUGUUGCAAGGAGUUCAUUAUCCCUCUCUGGCGAGUCUGUGCUCCCAGAAGGUUGUGGAGAGUGAGCGGGGCUUCCUCAUGAGCACUGUGGGUAGUGGCUCUUAUCUGGGAACGCUAGUGAUUGGAGGGGCUGGCUCCCUCAUGCUGGACCUGUACGGCUGGGAGAGUGUCUUCUACGUGCCUGGUCUCCUCUCUGUCCUGUGGGCGUACUUCAUGUGGAAAUAUUUGCUGAAAGGAGAAGGACCCAUCAUUACCCUGGAGUCUCUGGGAAGCGGCGCAGGACAGUCCAAGCUCACCAAGCGCCACUGGCUCCGGCUCCUCAGGCAGCCCGCAGUCUGUGCUGUCAUCGUCACACACCUUUGCACGGCGAGUACCUUCUUCACACUCUUGUCGUGGCUGCCGACAUUCUUUAAGGACACGUUCCCUGAUGCCAAGGGUUGGGUGUUUAAUGUCAUUCCCUGGCUGGUGGCCAUUCCCUCGUCCCUCUUCAGCGGCUGCCUGUCCGACCACCUCAUCAGCCAAGGCUACGACACGGCCUCCGUGAGGAAGCUAAUGCAGUUCUUUUCCAUGGGUGUUUGCAGUGUGUUUACCCUCCUCCUGUGUGGUAAUAUAACCUUCCCCUGGGCUGUCGCCUUUGUGUCCGCCGUCAUGGGCCUCACCACCUUCAGUCACAGCGGCGUGUCCACAAACGUCCAAGAUCUCGCCCCGUCUUGUGCCGGAGCUUUGUUUGGUGUUAUGAACACAUGCGGAGCCUUCUCAGGGGUCCUCAUGGUGUACUUCUCAGGGUACCUGAUCGAGGCCACUAACUCGUGGUCGUCCGUGUUUGCCCUCAUCACCUCCGUCAAUCUCCUCGGCCUCCUCAUCUUCCUGGCGUUCGCCGAAGCCCGCCGCGUGGACAUCGACUCCAGCAAGACUCGACACCACAACAUCCACAUCUAAAGGACGACUUCAGCUCACCCCACCUUUGUCAGCAUUCACACUGUUGUACAAAUUCAGCCAUUAUACCUGGAGGAGAAUUGCACUGCUGGAGCAACAUGGAGGAGGAGGAGGAGACGUCUGACUGAAUCAUCAGCGCGAGAGAGACUGAGUGACACAUCAUUAUCCUCCCACUAAUUCCCUUGAAGGCAGCACAGUGUCCUGUGCGUUUACCCUCUAUAGCCCUCAUCGCCGUGGUUACUAAUUUAUCUCACUGUUACACCUUCGAGGUCAUUUACUCUGCGUGAGUAUUUGUAUUUAAUGUAAGUCACAUGAAUUAUUUUUCACCCUGUUUUUGGGGAAUGUUUUUUACAGCUCCGCAGGAGAUUCGUGUUGCUUAUGCACAAAGAAUGCAGAACUGUUUAAUCCCAGAAUGGGGUGCAAAUAUUUGAAUUGUAGCAAAAGCUUAAACAUUUUUUGCUUUUUUUUUAAUCUAUGCAUUCUUUAUUUUUGUGCCUUGCUGAACAUGUUUUUUUAUGUUUCAUGUUGUAUAUUUCGAUACUGAUUUCAGAAGUCGUAUUGUGUUACAUUUCCCUGCGCAAACAAAUGCAGAUUUGACCUUAUUUCAUUUAUGUCACUGAUGUCAUCCUUUGCAUGUGUACAGCUUUUGUUACAUUUUUCCCCGCGAAAUGUACAUAUUUAUAUGAUUCCAAAAAGAACGGAUUUCUGUACGCAAACUUUUUUUAUAGAGUUAUUUGUAUCUUAAAGCCUGCUUUAAAAUAAAAUAUAUAUUUUGACAGCAUUGACGGGUGUGUACAUUCAGCUUUUGGCCAC